AUGAAGUCUCCAAUGUAUCUAUUGGCCGUGCUUCUCCCUCUUGUCACUGAGCUUGCAGUGGCCUCGCCAACUGCAGACCCAGAGCCGGACUUCGAAGCUCUCGAAGAGCGCGGCAGAGGAGGCGACCAUGAUCAUGACUGGGAUGACCGCCACGGAUGGCACGACCGGAACCCGUGUGAAGUGAGACGGUCUUACCCAUACUACAAGUAUCCCUGUGGCUCGAGCCCAACCACUGGAAUGUCCCAAGUUGGCGCGACAUUCACGCCCUCUUGCCGAUACGAACACGGCAAGUCUGGAGUUUGGUUCCUCGCCCCUAAGGGAUGGGUUAAGGAGACUGACAAGCCCCGUGGCUGCAAAGGAACCAAGAAGCCAUGUGAAUAG